CCUUUUUAAAAAAGUAAGCCCUCGCCACAAGUUUAUAGCAGUCCGCUUAGAUAAAAAGCAAACAGUGCGGACAGAAGCGAAGCUAAUGUUAGCUGUCCAGCUAGCCAGCUCAACUUACUGGUGCUUAAUGAUCGCAGUGAACAGAAUGGCCACAGACUGGUUGGGUAGUGUUGUGUCUAUAAACUGUGGGGUGACGUUGGGAGUUUAUCAGGGAGAGGUGUCAUCUGUUGAUCACGCCAGCCAGACCAUCUCACUGAGACAGCCCUAUCACAAUGGGAUCAGAUGUCCUCUUCCUGAGGUCACUUUCAGUGCCAUGGAUAUCAAGGAGCUAAAGUUCCUAGAUAUCCAGAAUACAGUCAACAAGUCAAGCUCUGGUCAGGAAGCUGCAACAGAACCCAGCUUCAUACCUUCAGGAUGCCAUGCUCAGAGUAACAGAGUCACUCACCCUCAUGUAACAAGCAGCAGCUCUCAUGCCAGCACUGCUCCAAUAACCAUCCUACGCAGAGUCUCUACAGGUUCAUCUAACAGCAGAGGGGUGACACAGGCCACACAAAGGAAAAACAGUGUGAGGAAUGGAGGUGCAAGAGAGCUGAUGAGGCCAAAGGAUGACGAGUGCUUCAGAGGCGGGACUGAUGAGAACAUGGAUACAGACUUUGACUUUGAGGGAAACCUGGCUCUGUUCGACAAAGCCGCUGUCUUCUCCCAGAUUGAUGGGACCACCUGCAACAGGACACGGCCUCACAGCAAUCAGGGCGAACAUAAGCCCCUGUCCUAUCGCCAUGAUGAGAAUAUUCUGGAGGUGAAGCCCGUCAUAUACCGACAGAUAACAGUGCCCCAGCUUGGGGGCAAAGAGUACUGUACCGAUUCAGGCCUGGUGGUUCCCAGCGUGCCCUAUGAGCUUCAUAAGCGUCUACUAGCAGCUGCGGAGCGCUGGGGCCUGUCUCUUGAGCGCAGGCUGGAGACGAUCGGUGUUUGUUCUAGUCAGAUGGCCCUCACUCUGCUGGGCGGACCAAACAGACUCACACCAAAAAAUGUCCACCAGAGGCCCACUGUGGUCCUCCUGUGUGGGCCACACAUCCAGGGAGCCCAGGGCAUCAGCUGUGGUAGACACUUGGCCAACCACGAAGUGGAGGUCAUCCUGUUCCUGCCCAAUUUUGUCAAGAUGCAGGAGUCGGUCACCAGUGAGGUCCACCUCUACAGCAGAACCAACAGCAAGCAAGUGGCCGGCGUCAAAGACCUGCCAACAAGCCCUGUUGAUCUGGUCAUCAACUGCCUGGGUUGCCACGAGAACCCAAUGCUGAGGGAGCAGACCUGGUACCAAUCAGCUGCUGAAUGGGCCAACCAGAACCGGGCUCCAGUCCUAAGUAUCGAUCCUGCGGUCAGCGGCGAGCAUCAGACUGUCGAGGCGAAGUGGACCCUCUUUUUGGGCCUUCCACUACCUUUAGCUGAGACGGAGAGCAGGGUCUACCUCUGUGACAUUGGCAUCCCUAAACUGAUUUUCCAGGAAGUUGGAAUCAGCUACCACUCACCCUUUGGAUGUAAAUUUGUCAUUCCUCUGCACACGGCAUAACAGAGUACCCACUGACAUUGCUUAGUUACAAAUGAACAAUAGGAGGGAAUGGUCUGCUUUUCCACAGUGGGUAAAGGUACCAUUGUGUAUGCGGCAAUAGCUGGAGAGCAAACUAUAUGACGUAAACAAUAUUUUGUUACGAAGUGUAUAGAACUUCAUGACACGUCUGGAAUCAUAUGGCGUUGGUCUUUCCCCGCUGGAAACUCCCGGGGUUGCCGCACGUUGCGUGCGACACCUCUUGUUUUUGAGAGGGAAAGGUUUCCUGUUCUUUGGUGUGUUUUGAUAAGGGCUCCAUGAUGAUGUGAAUAUGUUUACAAAAUGCUGACCACUGUGAGUCUAUCUAUGACCUCUGAUCCUGUGACCAGUCAGAGCAGCAGAGACACAGUUCCUGUUUCCUCCUUUAGAUUGCAUGUGGAGUCUGGUCGUGACCCUGUGCACAACUCAGCCUAAAGCCGUCUGCCAACCCGAAUCUGCCAUUCAUCUGGCCCACAGUUGAUUUCCAUGUCCAUUGUCUUUCAAUUUAAUGCAGUUUUUUUACUUACUUAAAUGGGUAUGUUUUGUCUAAUAAUGGUUGUAACAUGUUUCACUGAAAAGGGGAUAUUACACGGAAUAUAUAUUUUUAUUUAUUUUGGGAAUACAUCUCAGGAACGAAUGAAUGAGCAAUGGAAAAACUUUACAUUUACGUUAAAUCCGAUAGCACGAUAGUUAUGAGUUUAUAACCACUGAAUGAAAAGUGGUAGCAGGCACCCCUGAGGACAUUCCAAGGACCAAAAACAUCUUGGACCAAGUUAAUAUCUAGAGAUGAUAGCCAGUAAAUUGUGGUGAAAUUUUCACACAUUAAAUUCAGCCACCUUCAGUGAAAUAACCACUUCCUCUCUUUUGGUCAGCAUAGUGAUCUCCUGUUAUAACCUCAGAUCGGCAAAUUGUCAACUUUACCGUAAGUAAAAGGAUAGCCUCAUUUUUUAGACUGGUAGCUAACAAAAUACAGCACUUCAAGUUAAAACUUGAGAGUCAAAAACUUGUAGUCGUAAGUUAUAAAUGACAGAUUGAUAGGCUUUGCAGGGUUCUCACUAAACUAACUUUUAGAACUACUAUGGAUUUAUUGAAUCGUUCAAUGCAAGGUCAGCAGUCUCUGGACUGAAUGUGUGAUGAAGGGGUGAUACAUUUUUUUUUUUUUUUUAAGUAGUAGCCUUGGCUUGCUCUGACAAAAAUAGUAAAACAAGAAUCAAGGAAUUUGUGGUGAACAAGAGUUAUUUAAUUAAUAGCUCUUUAAGAAAAUUGGACUUUUUUUUUAUAUAUAUAUAUCUCCUGAGAGAUUGCCCAAAACUAGAAACUGCCCAGAUCCAGGUGUUUAACGUUUAGAUGAAGCUUAAGCUGUUGGGGCUUCUACGAAGUUCUGAGUAAUAUAUCUGAAUAUUAAUAGAAAUAAAACCUUCACUCAGGGAAACACGGGCAGUUUAACACACUCCAGCCUCUUUUCCUGCUCGUUCUCAGAACCACUAUUAUUUUUCUUCUCUAUUGCAGCAAAGACUGAUUUGAUCAUGACUGUAAAUCAAGCAAUCACGUUUAAAAACAUUCCACAUUCCUUGCAAGUUUGAUUGGCGAGGAGUCUUAAAAUAAUUUAGUGUGAGGGGCCGGGGGGGGGGGGCAUUUCAAUACAAAAUAAGUGUUUAAUGCCGAUGGGUUUGUAUCUCACAUUUUUUAGGAGUGUAGUAAACUCUGGAAAAUCUU